CUUCCCCCCCCUGCUAUGCCAACGCCAAGUGUAGCGAAGCAUUUAUGAAUUGAAAUCGACCCAGAGCAUCUUAAGCCUUAACGGACAGCACUUUAAGAACCAGCUUUCUGAGUAUUAGGAGCAUAAUGUGACAUUUUCCAAGGCUGCAAAAAAAAAAAAAAGACAAAACAAAUGAAUUGGGUUAUAUAACGUGCCAGAUGGUGAUUUCAUAAUCGACAAUCGGAUCGGUAUUCAGGAGUGCAGGCUUUCAAAGCGUUGGAAGUUUUCACGUUUGGUGUUUGAUGCUGAGAUCAUCUGUCACGGGUCAUCUAAAGACCUAGCUGUAUAGUUUGCCUGAUGUGAUGGUGUUUUCUGCUGCUGGUCUGGGUGCUAUGGCAGAGGGGCUACAGGGGGGGUCGCCUGCAUUGUGAACCUGGCCCCUUUUUCUUACCUUUUUUAUUUUUUUCAGUGCAAUUGAUCUGACCUCCAAGGAAGUCUUGUUAUGGUUAUUUUCCUGUUUUUUGUUUCCGUUUUUCAAACUUAUCUAAGUCUGCGUGAGUGAGUCAUAUUCAGCGGUAGCGCGGUUACCGUUUCAACAUUUCAUCACCAGGUGUGUUGUGAAUGAAUAAAUGAAAUAAUAUUUGUGCAACCAAUGUACUUGGUGCUUUGCUACUGAGCAAUUGGCAAGAGUUCAAGGGGGCAGGUAAUGCCCUUUUGAAACUUUUUCAUUACUCGUAGGAUCCUUUGUCAUGACAUUUGGAAAUAAUUUCCGUUAUAUAUUCAGUGUCUAUUUGUUUUUCCUGUGUGUUACAUUUGAACUUGCUGUCUCCCCCCCCCCCCCCCCCCCCCCAUCUUCCUUUUACCCUGGAACACGUCCCUUCCAUCCUCUCGAAAUUAAGGAAACUCAAAAUGUCUCGAAAGCAAUGUACUUUUUACAAUUGCGUUAUUUUCAAGCAACCAUUUCUAUUUGUGAAUGAAUGUAAUUCCAAAAAGACAAUGAUUGAAUACAUGGUUUUUAUCUCUUCAUUUUAAUGCUCCUUGUGUGUACGCCUUGAGUCUUAUAUGAAUGACCAUACACAUUUCAAAUGCACCAUCAACACAAGCUGUAUGAUUGAACAGGAUUGGUCAACACAUACAGGGCUCUGAAAGUGAUAGUGAAUUAAUGAUUUAUUUAAGAUAUUUCUAUGGGAAGCCUCAAGUCAUAUCAGUUUGGAUGUUCACAUGCUGCCUGGGACAUUUAGGGAGUAUGAGAUUCUGUCAAGUAGCCUUUACCAGAUAUAUUACUCUGAACUUCUAGUAGCUUGGAAUUUUAUCAGGACAGUUUUCUACUAUAGGCCUAUUCAUUUUACUGAAAAUCGUUUCAGAUUUUCAUGAAUACAUGUUAACGGCUGAAAUGAUUGCAUAGGAUAUACAGUAGUUCGUGGGCCUACAGUCAUCCAUGAAGAAGACGUGGGGAAAAUGUGUCAUAUAAUGUCAGGAAAAGUACCGAAAAAAGAUAUUGCAUAACUGUGCGUGUGUGAGAGACAGACGCAGCAGAGCAGACCUCAGACACACGAGCCUCGCCGUCUUUUAGGUACUUCCGGCAUUGAACACGUGCUACCGAUGAUCGACCACGCCUCCACUGCUCUCUCACAUGUUGAUGCACACAUUCGCGAACAGUUGAGACUGUGAAAACUCGUCAGUGACUCACUGCACUUAAAAUACAAAUGCAAAAGCACGGCUUUCCAAUACAGGAAAACCAUCGAAGAUGGGUUUGAUUUGAAAUAUUGUCCAUCACAGGGCAUUGCUAGGAUUUUCAUCAGCCUACAUUCAACAUUGGAUCUAAACGAUUCAUUGUAUCACAGCAUCUUAGCCAAAUCCGACUCAUAAUGAUGUCAAGCUGACACGAAUCCUCACGAAUUGUUUUGACAUUCUAUCAGCAUCCCGAGCGAUAACAUGCUCUCACGUGGACGGUACAGGGGUCCCGCCUGCACACGUGUCUUGGCACGGGAUUGGCCCUGACGUCGGUACGGUACCUACGUCAACGCUUCUCGGGGCGACACCACCGGGGACAAUAUUAUUUAGAUUAGGGGGCGUCGCCAUGCGUAAUCGACAUAAUGGAUGCUUUGGGAACAUCAGACUACGCGUUUUCUUCAAGGUACCCGUGUCCACAGCAGCACCAUGCAUCUACUGGAGGGUGCGCUGACGGCAAGUGUUGCUGCCCGAAUCAGCCCGUUUGACUAUUGACUCCUUGAUGAUCCGUCGGAUGAUAUCUAUAUUACAUUUUUAGAUUAUGUUGUCCUGAAACUUCACACACUAGUCUUUCGCCUCUUUGAGGCAAAGAAUCUAUGAUUGAUUUGUGAACAGCGCGUUGCUUUUCUUAGAUGCGAAGAUAAAGUAGACUUCACCUCGGUAAGAGUCAUGUUUUCUUUUUUCUUUUAUUCAUAGUAUCGUUUGUAGUAGGCCUACAAUUAAAAACUUUUUUUAAUGUGUGUUGUUCACAUAGUGGUCGUUUACAGGUUAUCUUUUCAUACCAGCCUUGUGUUGCAUAACAAGUAAUUCUGUCCUGGUAAAACAUGCCACUGUACUUUAUUGUAUGCCUUGUAGGGCUAUCUCUUAGUUAAUUCCACAACACAUUAUUACAUAAUAGAUAGUUAUGGACACAUUAAACGGUGAUCUGAUGGACACAUUAUGUCCGUGGACCAGCAGCAGACUAUUGCAUAAGAGAGUCGGGGGUGGGACUCUGGUUACAGUGUCGCUGGGACAUGGUGCCGUCCUCCGACAGCACGCUCAACUGGUUCACCAAGGCUGACCGACGCUACUCAAUAGCAAUAAAUCAUAUAGCAAUAUCAGCCAAAGUUCAGAUAAACUGCAUGUCUGGUAUUUAUGAAGCACAUGGUGAAUAAUUAAUUUGUUGUCUAAUUUUACAUUGGUUUUUAAUAGCCUCUGUGACGUUGUUAGGUCGAUGAAGUUCCAUCAAUGGCCUACGGUGACAGAGAAUAAGGCUUGUGAUGUAUUCUGUUUCUGCUUGGUCAAAGUGUGUGGAAUGCCAAAGGAACAAGGGCAUUUUGGGGAGAGGGUCGGGCGGAGCACCUCGAAGAAUGCCAAGGACCGGAGCAACAGUGCCACGGUGCGGGCCGACCGCGGGCGCCGCACGCAGGCCGGCCCCGGAGCCCUGGGGGGGAUGGGGGACAUGGGGCAACAGCUGUCACUCUUCGACUCGGGGAAGGACUCGGAAAAAGACUCAGGAUACUCAGAGGCCGGCUCGGACUGGGUGGAUGACCAGUGCAGCAGCGUGAGCCAGACACACAGGAAGAACAGCCGACGUUCCGUUACCGCCGGCAACCACGGCAGUGCGGGCGUCGGCCGCUUCGAGGGGCACAAUCCUGUCAUUAAAAACUUGGUGAUGAAACCGUCCAGGCAGGAGCAGAUGCUGCAUCGACAGCUAGCAUCAUGGGCAGGAGGCUGGCAUAGCAUCUCAGGCCCCCAGGGGCCCUCCCUGCUCCUGGAAAUCCAACAGCCAGCCGUCACUGCCCCCUCCUCCUCCACCCUGACCACCUACCUUGCGCCGGUAGAAAACCUGAGCAAAGCCAACAAGAAAGGCUGCACCAGCCGAACCAGUGGCAAGAACCACCACAGCUCCACCAAGAACUCUUACCUCCCCAUUCCGCACCCCAGGAAGGAAGGCCAUGCGCAGGGGAAGUCAGCCGGAGCCCCAGCCGCCGGCCAGGAGGGCGGGGGAGGUGGGGUCGGUGGGGAGGAUCAGAGCCACUGCAAGAGGGUGUGCACGGAGGACGAGUUGAAGAAGGAGAGCGUUUCAACCACAACCAGACAUCUGUCCUCACACCACCACCGGCAUGGCCGCCACCGAGAUCUCCAUCCCUCGCAGCACAAGGUCCGACGCGGCUCCGAGCCCCCCGCCCACCCGCCCCCCGCCAACCGCACCAAGCCCAAUCGCUGCUCCCACCAUAGCUACGACGCCUUGGGAUCGCCGUCCGUCUCCAGCUCCCAGACGGCCUCCCUGCCCUCCUCACACUCCUCCUCUUCACACUCGCCUUCCUCCUCGUGCUCCUCCUCGUCGUCCUCCUACCCCACCUCCUACUCCUCGUCCUCAGUCAGCCACAGCCCCUUCCGCCCGAGGCAGGGGAGGGCCGGGUCUGCGGUGUUGGUGGCGGCGGCGGCGGUGGCGGUGGCUGCAGAUGCAGCAGGCCAGCUCUUAGACGCGCCGUCCGAGUGCUCUUCAGUGCGCCAGCGGCGGUUCCUCCACACGGCGGAGAUCCUGAGCCAGUCGGGGCUGCUGGCCAUCACCCUGCGCACAAAGGAGCUGCAGAGGCAGAGCGACGCCACCGAGCGGGACAUCGCCCAGCUGCGCCUGCACACUCAGCUGCUGUGUCAGGCGGCACUGGCCGGCCAGCAGGUUGCCAACGACGGCUCCAACGGCCUCCAGCAUCUACUACAGGCCAUGGCCCGAUCUGGCGCCUACCCAGGGCUAGUCUCAGGCGCCCAGGUCAAAGCCGGCGGCGGCCGCCGGAGACAGAGCGUGAGGAGAGGCGAGGCUGCUAAAGGCGAGAGCAAAGAGGCAGACGAGCGCAAAGAGGCAGACGAGGCCGACGAGCAGGGAAGGCUGAAGGACGGUACGCUGCAUCAGGAACCCAUGUCCCCGCAGGGCGCUCACAAAGGGGUUUCUUCACUGUCCCCCUUCUUCGGCCUGUCUCCGGAGGCAGAGAGGAUGGAGCAGGUGAACAGUCUAGCGGGCUCCCUGUCCAUGGAUAGGGAUGUGACCGAUCCGUCAAUGACUCCAGAGAGCUUCACCUUACACAACUAUCUAUUCUGACUCCCACAUCUGUACCAUACCAUACCCUGUGUGUGUAAACGCAAGCAAUCCAAAAAAUAGGAUUUGGAUCUUGGGUUCUUGCUCCCAUUUAUCAGCUUGUGAGACAGAUUGGUGUUAGAGGGUAAAAGCCAUUGUGAUCAUUUUUUUUUGUUAGAUUUUACAAGUGGUGAUAUAGAUUUGCAGGACUGAGGUUGUUUACAUUUUGCAUGAUAUGAGAAUUUUACAUUUAAAUGACAGGAUAUCGGCAAUUAAAUCUACAAAUUCAUCGCAAACAUUUCAAAGAUUUAUAUACGUUUAUGGAAACCAAAUCAAACACGACUCAAUCAUGUGUCAGUGGUCAAAACAUUUCUUGUGUUUGUUGUACAUUUCUGCUAUAUUAUGCUAUAUAUGUGGUUAUUGUGGUGCGUUGAAAAUAACCCUCAGCGAGGAAAAGUGGUUGAAUGUCUUGUGUUCUACACUGAACACAGCCGAUUAAUGUUUGCCUCUUGAGAUUAACCGUAGUUCAGUCUAGUAUAGCCUGUUAAUAGGUAAUAUAUGAUACCGUCUGCACAUUAUCAGGGCAAUUGAGUUACUCUUCUUUUGUUUCAUAGAAACACCUACUACAUUUUAUUAGACUUUGGCUUUGCAAUCGAGGAGAACUUCCCCGAAGUUGUU